AGCUAAAAUCGGACCUGACAGCCAACACCUUGCGUUUUUAUAAUUUUCGUGUUCUCUUCGGUCGCAGUGUGAAAAUCAAAACGAAAAUGUUUCAUAAAAUUGUAUUAAUAUAUUUGGUUUUUGUAAUCGUGCAGAAAACAACGAUCGCCGAGUGGGUCGAAGUUCCUCAGUUUUCGGACAACAACAGAGUCUACCGAAUCCCAUUCACCAAGUACGAUCGUGGACACAAACACUCUUUGGACAAUCGCGAUGGACCUAAAAUCAACGGAUAUGGAAACGCGAGCGGUGCGGAUGAGCAUUUUCGAGAAAAGUUCAAACAGCCGCAUGGAGUUUUAGCGACGACUGUGUCCGCUUUGAACGUCAUUGAAACUUCGGAAAUAUUUACGACGCCAAAAAGUCUUUUUGCGGCGGACAGCACUCGGGUUAUAAUAACGAAUGCUCGUGUCAAAGGGGACCAAUCCGGAGGUGUCGAAACUGAAGAGGAACCGAGUGUUACGGUUCCAACGACUUAUUCCAACGACAAAAUCAUCCUCGAAGGUGACCAACCCUUCGAAGCCUCUUUCGACAAAACCGAGGAAAAUAUCUCCGAACCGGAAGUUGACGAUACUGAGAAAAAGCACAGUUUCAUGACCUUCAUACCCAUUGAAUUGUUCCGAAAAGUUCACGCCAUUCUUCAAUCUCAAUCCACUAGCGUCGAGGGGAAAAUUCAUUUUCUACAAAAUUUUGAAAAAACUCUUCUCAGUGAAAUCGAAAACCGACUCGUACCGGUUUUUAAUCCUGUAAGAAAAAAGCGCGAAUCUCGAGGCGAUCACGGAUGGGACGAUCACGAGAAGGGCGUUGCCUUCCCCUCACUCGAGGGUGCCUUAAUGACGAUUGCUUUCUUAACCUUUGCUGUCUAUCUCGUCCAAUUAGUUAUGGUAAUUGGAGAUGUUUUUUUUUUUCACUCAUUUUUCCUAUCAGACGACAACAAUCGGAAUAUUUUUGUUUCAAAGUUGCUGUUCCGUAAUUUGGGCAACAAUGGGACGAAUACGGGAACGGCGACGGUUUUGUUCAACAGAAACAGAAGAUCGACUGACCAAUUGACGGAGGAUACCGCGAGAAUACUCGAAUAUCUUGAGGAAUUUGCUAAAAAAAAAAAUUCACAAUAAUUUAUUCAAUGCUCGCAUUUAAGUAAAAAAAACUGCUCAAUAAAUGAACACGAAAUCAUAAA